GACAAACAGUUAUAAACAUUUCAUCAUGUUUUCAAGCAUUCGGGGAUUUUUAAAUCGCCACAAACGGAAGUUUAUAAUCGGAGGUGUUAUUGUUAGCAGUGUUGUUUUUCUGACACGUUACACACAACGUAAGCUUAGGGAAUGGCAAGAAAAAGAAAUAAGAAUGUUAAUGGAGAGAACAAAGAAAUUACAGUACUAUGAGAGCACAGAGAGGUCAUGCAAUCAAAUGAUAUCGUCUCUAACAACAACUUUAAGAAACUCUGUGAUUAAAGAAAAUGAUACAGAAACCAUCAUAAAUCAGCUUAAGGAUGGCUCUGCUAAUAAAGUAACAUCCUGGAGUCAAUUGAAAGUGUUAGCGAUUACACGAUCAACUGUAAUAAUUUAUUCAUACACAAUGCUAGUUACCUUUCUUAGAAUUCAGCUCAAUUUGAUUAGCGGGCAUAUGUAUAAAAAUACGCAGAAUAUGGACAAUACUAUUGGAAAUGAAGUGCAAGAAAGAUACAUGGCAGUUUCUAGUUAUUUUAUAUAUGAAGGUGUGAAGAAUUUGAGCAGUUUUAUAAAAAGCAAAGUUGAAGAGGUGACAGCGUUGUUGGCUUUGACAAAGCAGUUAACACUGAGAGAUCUGGAACAAGUUUUUUGGGCAAUUACAUCUUCCGUAUCUACUGAUGUCUCGAGAGAUCCUGUAAAGAAUUGUACAUAUUACAUGUUUCAACAAGAGGUUGAAAACAGAGAGACAUCUACGUACUCAAAAUUAAUUGAUCAGAUGUUAGAUAUAUUGGAAAGUGAGGAAGUACAGGAUUUAAUGCAAAAAAACAUCAGAAGUGGAUUCGCUUUGUUAAUAGAUCACGUAUCUGCAUACUUCGGUGAUGCUUCCGAAAUCGAUGAUGUACACAAUGCACGAAACGGGACACUGUUUUCAGGAGAGUCGAGUAAAAAUACACCAAACUUGUUAGGAGCCACUACAAGUAAUGUGUCACCCAAAUUUGUAGACGUUAAUAAAACUACGAUGGCCUUGGCAAAAAUUAUUCCUAUUCUAAAUGGACAGAUUCCGGAUAAUCCAACAUCAAAGGAUGUAGCGGCAGAUUGGCUCCAAUGUCUGAUAUUAAAUAACGAAUUGAAAAUGCUUGGAGCAAAUGUUUACGAAGCAGUUAGCUAAUUACAAAAUUACAGUCCAGUCAAUAUUAUGGGGAUUAUCAAACGGAAGGAUUAUUUUAUGAUAUAUGUAUAAUGUAGCAGUAUGCAACAAUGUAAUUUUACUUGAGUUUCAUAUGAAUUUCUUAUCGUUCUCAGAUAUGCUUUUUGAUCUGCACAAAAUUAGAUGAAUCUUCACAUUAAAACACCAAGCGUUUGACAAUUUUGUUUUCUUGCUAAUAUUUACACCUCGCAAAGGAAACAUGAUAAUCGAGCAGACACAUGAUUGUACAUUAGAACAUUUAUACUUUACUCCUACUACAUCAAACUGAUAUUUAUCUGUUUAAAGUUAUAUAGCGUUUUAUAGCGGUGUGGCAUUUUUGAAUAAAAA